AUGUCGACUGAACUAUCUGCAGCAGAAAAGCGCAGAUUGCUUAGAGAAAGAAGACAGCAGAAGUUCUCCAAUGGUGGAGCCUCCAGCAGAUUGAACAAGAUUACUGGUCAGCAAGAGGGCUCUUUCUUGUCCUCUAAGUCUGUUUUGGACGAGAAAAAACCAGCACCAGCACCAGCUGCUACUACUACAGCCACCAGUUUUAAUGCUAAUUCUAGCACGAGCAAUGCCGACAAAAGUACAGAGGAGAUCGAAGAGAUGCUGUCCCGCAUUCCAAACCAAAAGGCCGAAACAGAACCAGACAACUCAGAAAGCAACCCGGAAAUUGCAUUGUUCCAGCAAUUGCUGAAGAUGCAACAACAGGGAAGCGGAAUUCCUGCCGCAGGAAACGGCUUCGGAUCCCAGUCUCCAGACGCCAGCACGUCAGACCUCUUCACCUCAUUGCUCAACAGUGAUAGAAACACUACAGCAGCUGCUACGGCUGCUGGCCAAGGCUCGGGCGGCUUUGUAGACGAAAGCGUCCUAAAAUAUCACCAGUAUAAGGUCUCCAAGUUAAAAUCGUACAUCACCUUGCUCAAAUGGACUAUUCUCACGCCAUACGUCUACUUCAUCAUGCACCCAAACCCAGCGGCCACCACCAUCGGCCAGUACUCUAGCAUAGCCUCGCAAUUGCUCGAAAAGUCCAAUUUCUUUUCGAUAUUCACCGGCCUAGAGGUUAUCUUCAUAUCCAUCUACUACCAAAUGUUGAAGAAACUACAAAGAAAGAACAACGUCACACCAACGAAAAAUGCUGGCGGCAUAGUAAAAUAUUUGUCCAUGAUACCAGAGGGAAUUUUGCCCAUCAAAAACGUCCAAGGGAAAAUUGGGCUUGCCUUGGAAUACUUUGACGUGUUCUCCAUGUACGUUACCGACAUAUGUUUUGUAGUCGUGCUAUUUGGUUUGAUGAAGCACUUCCAUGCAUCCUUCCCCGCUGUUGCUACCACUAUAGAGGAACCAAUUGUUAAUGUCAUUAACUAA